CUUCGAACCCACUACUCGAUACAACUUUCUACCAUUGUUGCACAAUAAAUCGUAAUUCAGAAUCUUUUGGUCGUAUCGUGGGAGGGAUGAAGCGAACCAAAGAGGACUUCAGUGCGGGCGGUGAGGUUUCUACGGGUUACGGAUCACCAUCUUGGUGUAGAGGUCAAUUGCUUGGCCGUGGAGGAUUUGGGUCUGUUUUCAUUGCGAAAUUAAAGGAACCCUGUUGGAGAUUUCCUUCAAUCAUGGCUGUAAAAUCAGAAAACGCUGCUUCUGCGUCAUCUUCACUAAUGAAGGAAGAACUGGUUCUUCAGGCUUUAAGAGGGUGUCCUAAUGUGGUUCAAAGCUUUGGAUCAGACAUCACAACUGACUGCUCUGGGGAUUCCAUCUACAACGUUUUUCUUGAGUUUGCUUCGGGAGGAAGCUUGUUUGAUUUCAUCAAGAAAACUGGUUCUGGUACUGGGUUGCCUGAGGUUCUAGUAAGGGAUUGCACUCGGUCUAUUCUGAUUGGAUUGAAGCAAGUGCAUGACCAUGGAUUUGUUCACUGUGAUAUCAAGCCUCACAAUGUCCUGUUAGUACCUACAGUAGAUGGGUAUCUUCCUAAAGUUGCAGACUUUGGGUUGGCAAAGAGGCACAAUGUGAGAGAUGGUAGUGGUGUCAAAGGCACACAUUUGUUCUUUUCUCCUGAGAUGGUGGUUUUUGGAAUUCAGGAAGCACCUUCAGAUAUUUGGGCACUUGGGUGUACUGUGCUGAUGAUGUUGACAGGAAAACCACCUUGGGCUUGUACAUCUAAAUCUGAACUUUUGUCUCGGAUUGCUACUGAAACACCAACGAUUCCACACCAUAUUUCAAUAGCAGCCCAAAACUUCUUGAGUUGCUGCUUUGUGAGGUAUUCUGCGAAGAGGUUGACAGCUACUGAGCUAUUGAGUCACUUCUUUUUACUGGAAUCAGGUGACUGUAAAGAAGUAUUCAUUCAAGAAUCAGCUGAAGUUUCAAAUCAGAAGUAUCUUGGAGUAAAGCCUCAAUCACGGCAUCAUCCUUCAGCUUUGCCGAGUUUUAUACCUGUUCCUUCUUCAUCAUCUAAAGAGGAAAAGGACAUCCCUGCUGCAGUGGAGAGAACAUGUUACAAACACAUCCAUCCUUUGGCAAUCAAGGGCUGCCAACCUCCUGUCACUUUUACUGUUUGUGCCAAUUGA